UUAUGCGAACACGGGAGGGUACGAUCGCAAUGCAAGGGAUGCCAUGGAGGAGGUAUCUGCGACCACGGCGAGGUCCGGUCACGAUGCAAGGAGUGCGGGGGAGGGAGCAUAUGUGAGCACGGGCGGCAGAGAACAUCAUGCAAAGGCUGUGGAGGAGGAAGCAUAUGCAAGCAUGGUCAGGUACGAUCACGUUGUAAGGAAUGCGGGGGAGGAAGCAUCUGUGAGCACGGGCUACAUCGCGCAUCCUGCAAAAGAUGCGAUGGAGGGAGCAUUUGCGAGCAUGGUCGGAUACGAUCACAGUGUAGACAGUGCGGAGGAGGAAGCAUCUGCGCGCAUGAGAAGAGGCGUUCACGAUGCAGGCAGUGCGGAGGAUGGAGCAUCUGCGAGCACGGAAGAGCAAGAUCAAGGUGCAAAGAAUGUGGCGGCGGAAGCAUUUGUCUGCAUAAACGAAGGCGAUCGCAAUGCAGGCAGUGCGGAGGAGGAAGCAUCUGCGAGCACGGAAGAACACGAUCACAGUGCAAGGGCUGCGCAGGAGGAAGCAUAUGCGCGCAUGGGCGGCAGAGAUCGCAGUGCAAGGAGUGCGGAGGAGGGAGCAUAUGCGAGCAUGCGCGGAGACGGUCACAGUGCAAGGGCUGUGGAGGAGGAAGCAUAUGCAAACACGAGCGGAGACGGUCAAGCUGCAAAGAAUGCAAG